UCGGCAUACUCGACUUCUUGACCUAGGCAACACAAAGAUGCGAGUUCUGGCCGCGUUCCUUGCUUUGGCUGCUGCUGCCGUGUGGGGCGCAAAAGUUCCUUCGUUGAGCUUCGAGAAGCCUUUCGAGGAUAUCACGUCUGAUGGCGUCCGCAUAGUCUCGGAUGACUUUACUUUUGGUGGCCACACCGUCGUAAACAAGCACUUUGUGCGGUUGACUACUGACCGUCAAAGCAAGCGCGGUUUUGUGUGGAGCAAAGCAACCCUUGGCUCUGCUGGCCUGACCAAGCAAGAAUUCUCCAUCGUGUUGACGUUUCGCAUCAGUGGGCAAGGGGAACGUUGGUUUGGCGACGGGUUGGCGUUGUGGGUUACCACAGAACCGCGCCAUUCCGACGGCGAGAACCAUGGUUUCAAGGAGAAGUACACUGGGAUUGGGAUCAUCGUUGACACGUUCGUAAACGACGAGCAAGCGGGUGGACACAAAGACGUGACGUUUGUCGUGAACGACGGCACCAAGUCCCUUGACGACAUCAACUAUUCGCCCGAUGGCAAGAAGGGUUGCGAUGCGAAGAAUAUGCGAUACCAUGCCAAGAGCGCGACAUUCUCUGCAUCGGGCAGCAUGUCCCGCGUAAAGUUGUCGUUCUCAAACAACUACGUGAACGUCCACAUCGACCCGACCAACUCGGGGUUUUGGUCCCCAUGCUAUGAAGACACGAUCCAGAUGCCGUCAACGUGGCUCUCGCAAGCGACACUUGGCGUCACAGCAUCCACGGGGUCGCUCGCUGACACGCACGACUUGAUUGCGCUGGAGUUCUAUGACACGAUGCACGACGAGGCGAUUUUGCAAAAGGAUUACGCGACAGUGGCCGAGAAAGCUCCGCCUGCGUCGACUGACCACAUCGAAGACAAGGACGAACGCAACCUGAUCAAGAUCAAGGAGCUCCAACGUCUAUACGACCAAAUGGUCGAGGACUUCGAGCACGAGUACCAAGCGUUGAAAGAAGAGACGGCCAACACCGUUGGCAAGCUCCGCCAGCAAGAGCAGGACGACUUGCGGCGCAUUGAACAGCUCGAGGAAUGGGUCAACAGCCGCGUGGACGAGAAAGUCGGGUCGAAGGUGCAGGAGAUCGAAGAGACCGUGGACAAGUCACUCAAGUCCAAACUCGAGGAAACCGAAGUGUCCAGUGGCGGGUGGAAAAUCCCGUUUGUCAUCCUCGUCCUGGUCUUGGGCGGUGGUGUCGCGUUCGCGUACACGAAGUACCAGGAAUUGCGAAAGUCGCAUUUGCUAUAAAUGUUGUAACAAUCGAUUUCAAUGCGCA